AUGGGUCGUUCAAAUUCUGUUUUCGGGUUUGUGGUUAUUGCUCUAAUUAUUGCAAUUAGUUCCGUUAAUGGCAAUGAAUGUCCAAAUACUAUUAUUAAGCUUUUGCCAUGCAAGGGUUUUUUAAUGGGAAAAGGUGAUAUUAGUGUUCCUUGUUGCAAUGGUGUUAAGGGAUUAAUGAAAAAAUUAGCUACUAAUGAUGAUGAUUUGAAGCUUAAAAAUGUAUGUGAAUGUCUCAAGAAAGAAGCUUUGUCUAUUGGAGUAGUUCAAGAAAGAGUUAAGCAAAUUCCUCACCUUUGCAACAUUAAUAUUUCUCUUCCUAUUGGUCCAAAUGUUGAUUGCAAAAUACUAAAGGCUUCAUCACCAUCAACUCAAGGCUUCAAGCUGAAUAAAUACAAGAAUACAGGAAUCAUGUCUUUCAAGAGACCAAUUCCUAAUCAUGACAACCAUUCAAUUCACCACAAGAAACCUCUUGUUAUUCUCCCAUGA